AAUAUUUACGUACGAUUGCGCUUACUUUUUAUAUUGAUUCGUACAGUUUCACGUUCAAUAGAAACGCUUGGGGCCUGUAGGCUUAGCACGCAUGAGAUAUACCAAAUUGUAUUAGUUAGACAGGGACGGGUAGCCUAUCCCUUGCGUGUGAGACCGUUUUUGUGUUGCAGUAACCUGGUAUCCUGCGCGGCGGUGACCACCGGCGGCGCGCACUUCGUGGAGCUGGGCGUGCGCGGGGGCGGCGGGGGCGGCGGGGCCGGCGCGGGCGAGGCGCUGCGCCGGCCGCGCGUGCAGUGCGACGGCGCCGCGCUGGCCGCGUGGCUGGCGCGCCACGCCGCCUACGCGCGCCGCCUGCACACCGAGGCCAAGCACACGCUGCCGCCCGACCUGCCCGACUAAUCUACGAGAACGACAGUUAAACGACAUUCUAUUUUUUUAUCUAAUAUUAUCUCUGCGUGAUCGAAAAACGACUGACUCUAUAAUUAUCGUACUACUGUAAACUGAAGAAGGUACCGACAUUGCUACACUAAUGAUUAUAUUAUUCCUUUAUCAUUAAUAAGGGGCUUACAAUAAUACGUUAUUAAUGGGUUAAUUAUCUAAAAUACUUAAGGCCACAUACGCACUUGCUGUUGCGACCGCCUUCUGCAUGUCUACAUGGCUUGAAAAAUGUAUAUUAACUUAAUAAAUGGAUUCAUUCAUCAAGUGGAUAUGUAAUUUUGCGACUCGGCGGCGUUAGCGACCUGGCGCGCCCUGCACGCCGGUCGCAGAGACCGAACACACGCUGCCGCGUGACCGACCAUAAAUAAAUAAAUAUCACGACACACAAAUAUAUGACACCGUACGGCACAUGCACCUUUCAUUUGACCUAAUCAAAACUUGACAAAUAUGACUAAUUAAUAAUCAUACCCCGAGGUUUUCGAUGCGGGAAUGUUUUACACUAGCCAAAAAACAGGUUAAAACUAUAAAAUCCAAUACUAUUUUAAUAUUUCUAAGC